UCCGUUAGCAUUGCGAACUAGUGUGCAGGUCUGGUCGGGGAAGAGGCUGUGGAUGAAGGAUACUCUGCGCAGCCAGAUAUUGGUGACUUCAGAUAUCCCCAGUUAAUCCCUAAGCUAACCAUUAUCCCUCCAAGCUGACCAAGACAGGGAGAUAACGUUAAUAGCCUGGCACUGCCUCCACCUAAAUUAGCCACCGUCCAAGACAGUUCAGGGGAGAACGCGUUUUGCUUUCGGGGGGUCUUCUUCUUUUUUGGCAGUUUUCUUUUUAAGACCUUAAAAGUAGUAACUGCAGCCUGAGCUAACUGUGUUUCUAAGAAUGAAGUUGCCGAGUAGCAAACAUUGUGCGGCUGAAGGAGAUGGAAAGAAAAUGGACCAACCUCCUCCGUUCAGAAACCCUUUUGUGCACGCCUUGAAAUUCACUCCACUGGAAAAGGCAAAGAUUGCAUUAAUGACGGUGACGCUAUUCCCCAUCCGUCUACUCAUAGCAGCAUUCAUGAUGCUACUGGCUUGGCCUUUUGCCUUUAUUGCGUCAGUGGGGCGUUCCGAGACCACUGUCGAACCCCAGUGCCUCUGGAGAAGACUGGUGGACAUCAUCCUGAGAGUGAUCAUGCGGAUCAUGUGGUUUGCGGGAGGUUUUCAUUGGAUAACUGUGAAAGGGCAACGAGCGCUGCCUGCAGAAGCACCCAUCCUCACCCUGGCACCCCACUCCUCUUACUUUGAUGCCAUCCCUGUUACAAUGACAAUGUCCUCGAUAGUCAUGAAGGCUGAGAGCAAGGAUAUACCGGUUUGGGGAACUUUGAUUAAAUACAUCCGGCCAGUGUUUGUAUCCCGAUCAGACCAGAACUCAAGAAAGAAGACUGUGGAGGAGAUCAAGCGGAGAGCCCAUAAUGGAGGAGACUGGCCUAAUAUCAUGAUUUUUCCAGAGGGGACAUGCACCAAUAGGUCCUGCCUCAUCACCUUUAAGCCAGGGGCCUUUAUCCCAGCUGUUCCAGUGCAGCCUGUUGUUAUCCGCUACCCGAAUAAAUUGGACACGAUCACAUGGACGUGGCAAGGACCAGGAGCAUUUAAAAUCUUGUGGCUUACUCUCUGCCAGUUACAUAAUGAGUUUGUGAUAGAGUUCCUCCCCAUUUACAUCCCCUCAGAGGAGGAAAAAAGGAAUCCUGCUCUCUUUGCUGUCAAUGUGAGAAGAGUCAUGGCUACAGCCCUGGGGGUACCCAUCACAGAUUAUUCAUUUGAAGACUGCCAGCUGGCAAUGGCAGAGGGCCAGCUGAGGCUGCCGGUCGACACCUGUCUGCUGGAGUUUGCCAAGCUUGUCCGGAGACUGGGGCUGAAACCCCAGAACACUGAAAAGGUUUUGCAGGAUUAUGGAAACCGAGCCCGGAAGCUGGAAGGGCAGAAACUUGCCCUGGAUGACUUUGCUCACUUCCUCGAUGUGCCGGUUUCAGAUAUGCUGCGGGACAUGUUUGCUCUUUUCGAUGAGCAUGAAGAUAACAGCAUGGAUAUUAGAGAAUAUGUGAUAGCCUUAUCCGUUGUAUGCAGACCUGCCAAAACUCUGGAAACAAUGAAAUUGGCCUUCAAGAUGUUUGAGGCAGAGGAAGACAGUGCUAUCACAGAGACGGAGCUGGUAGUUAUACUGAGGACGGCUUUAGGAGUGACUCACCUCAACGUGUCCAAUCUGUUUACGGCCAUUGACGUAGAUGACACAGGGAAGAUUACAUUUGAGAAGUUCAGAGGUUUUGUGGAGGAAAACCCAGACUUUGCUGAUGACUAUCUUCACACAGAAAGUGUUGUUCCUCAGAGGGGACCUGAUCACGACACUCAGACCAACCCAUCUACAAUAAACCUGCAAGGCACUGCCAACAGCAAAACAGCCAAUGGUAUCUGUCCCGACUUCAGCCCUAAAGACCAUGAUGGCACAGUGGAUGCACUCAUGAAGAAACACAACUGAAAGAAGUUUAAAAAAGAAGAGGGAGCAACACCUCUCCUGGUGAGAGGGGAUUCUGUAAGGGGCAAUGUUGGUUACCUAUUAGUAAUUUGUUGACACAGUAAGGGGCUACAUUUCAAUAACCACAAAACGAAAUUUACCCUUUCUUUUUGGUAUUGUAUUAAUGACAUUUCUUUGAUUUCAGCCUGUAAACAUGUUUGGUACACAGUAGUUUUUUUUCCCAUAGGAAGAAUUGUCAUGAUGCCAAAUAAUGGCUGUUUUGGAUACAAUGCUUAAAUACUUGAAGGGCAAGCACUUAUUAGGAUUCCUUGGUGUCAAUUUUAUUUUAUUAUAUAGUUUCUGUCCCCUGGCGCUGCAUGUUUUUAACACAAAUGUCCUGAGACGCAAACAAUCUCUGGAUUGUAAGAGAACACAAUAUUUGUGAAAUUUUUUUUUUUUUUUUUUUCUUGUGAUGUUUUCACCUUUUUCUCUUUUUAAUGGUAGCUGCCUUUUGAACUUUUAAAUGAAAAUGCAGAAUAAAUGGACUCAUGUUAUAUUGAACAGUUAUUUUUGUGAAGAAGGAAGGCCCCGGAGAACCAGUGAAGAGUGGCUGGAAGCACGUAGCUUCAUUAGCAGCAUUGGAGGUUAUUUCGGGUCUCUGCACAUUGAUUCUAACUGCUAUGAGUGUGUGUGCUUGUACGUAUGAAUGUGUGUGUGUGUGUAAUCGGUGAUAUGAUUUAGCUCAGGGUUCAGUGACAAAAAUGGAAAAAUUAACAAUGAUGUCAUGGUUUUUGCCUAUUUGUAGGUUACAUGCGUGUAAACUGUUCUUCGGGCAAGUGAACUCCUGUCCUGUCAAUUCAUAGUUUCAUAUUUCAAUUUUGGUUAUUUCUGUGUUUUGUUUUAUUUGAAAUUACACAACUUGGACCAAAAUGCUUUGGGUAAUAAACACAAUAUUAAUGAGAUUUAAAAUAAAAGCUUAUAACAUGAUGUAAUAGCUUCUAUUUAACAGCAUGUGGUGUAGGGGCACCACGGCAUUACUCUAUGCCUCAUACAGCUGGAGGAAAUGUUGGCACUUUCUCUGGCAUCUUAUUGAAAGCAGUUUGAACCUUGGGAAUGGUGGGACUAUUCUUUUUUUUGCCUUCUGAUUUUGAAACCAUAACAUUUAAAUCCUUGGCAUACCUUGAUUCUAAUAACCGGCACAUGCCUACUCGUAUGCCAGGGUUUUAAUCGGUUAAAAGGGAUCAUAUAAUGUGACCACUAAAAGAAAACAAUCACUUACCUGACUUUUAGGUACUUUCCUCUCAGCAUUACGUUACUAAAACCUUUGGAGCCACUUAUUGAUGUAGUGACAUGUUAUUGCUCAGUUCUUGAACUUUUUUUUUUUUUAAUUCCUGUUAAUUAUGAAAUAUUUAGCCAGCCAGAGUCUCAACCUGUUACGUUUUCAGACUGUUACCGAUCUUCAUGCAAGGAAAUGUUUUUAUCACUGAGAAAUGCUGUAAGACAGACCUGAGAACUUGUACAUCUGACCACAGUUAAGAAAAACCCACCUCUGUUAGUAUUUAUACCUCAUUCUGAAAGUUUGGUUGAGCAGACUGGCACUCCUCAAUGUGUCAGUGAGUGGGAUUUAGUUGGACUCCGUACUCUUACUUAUAUUUAGAAUUAACCACAGGUAAAGAGAGCUGCUUUUAAAAUAAAAACUAUAAAGAAGGAAUAUUUCAGACAUUUGUUUCCAUCAAAACAUUUAAAGAAUUUGUUGAGAUGAUCACUUAGUUUUUAUGUUUCUUUUUAGACUUAAAAUCUAAGUAUUGGUUUCCUAAAGGUGAAUUAUCUUAGUAACUUUUGCAAAUGUCUGAAAUUAAAAUCUGCUGGUUUUUAAUGGAAAAAUGUAUGAAAUGCAAAGAGCUGCCACCUAAAUUUUAAAAAGUAAUGUUUACCUCCUUCAAAUUAUGCCAAUGAUGCUUAUUCUUUAAAUCAUUUUCUAACAGCAUAUUAACUUGUCUUUAUUCUUCUGCAGAAACACACAUUGUAACUUGCGUUUCUGCUUCUCUCAAACGUAACUGUGCUUUAAAUUCUGCCAUUUUAUUAACUAAAAGAUGAGAGUUACAGGGAAUACAUCCCUGGGAAGAAUAAGUGACUUGUGUCGCAUUCUGUUAUCAACUUCAUUUUCAAAACUCUGUAAAUUUGUCACAUUUCCAUUUUGUGACCUUGUAUCCUUUAUAUAUCCUACUUUUUUGACUUUGAUUGAAGCAAUAUUCCUUAUAUUUUAAGCCUUCUCCAGAUGAAUGCUUUUUAAAAGUUCCAAUAUGUAUUUUGAAUAUUCCAGAUGCAGGACAUUUUGUGAAUUUUUGAUAUACGUAUAUGAAUGAUUACUAUUCUUUUCACUGCCAUGACAAAGAUCUGUGAUCUUCUCUGCUCUGCAGUUUGUAUUGAUCAUGACAAAUGAGCCACAUUUUUGUUCUCCUUUUUAUAAUCUUAUUUUGUGCUUUAUUGCUCCUACACAUUGUAAAGUUGUAUUGCUACAUUAUUACUGUUGUCGCUGAGUCGACUGCUUAAGAGCAAAAUGCAGAUUUCAUAUGGAAACCUAUAGCCUUGAUAGCCUCUACAGAAUUUAUAUGCUUAAAAAGAAAGAAUGUACAGACAAUCUUGUCACAAUCAGAAGCUGAUCUCCAGUGGACAUUUUCCUGGGACAUCAUGGUUCUCCAAAUUUAGCUUUUUAUCUUUAAGAUAGUUUUUCCCUUUUAUGUUUGAGAUGUGCAGGUUGAACUAAGUGCGAGUGCAUUGAGUGCAUAGAGCCCUGAGGUGACAUGCCACCACAUGACGGGCCGAGUCACAAACACACUCCAGACUGCACAAGCAUACAAAGUGUUAUAUUCUAUGUUUUAUGACAAUCUUAAAGCAUUGUCCUCCUGUUUUUCCUUCAGAAUUGUACGCAUUUUUGCUUGCACUUUAGAGUGUUUUUAUUUUUUAUUUUGUGAAGAUAAGAUCAGAAAGGUCUGAUGCAUGGUAUGUUUAUAGGCUACAGUAUUUAAAUUCACUUUUAUUACUUUCCUUUUUAAAGGGAGCACAACGAAAAUUGAGAAUCAGAAAAGAAAGUCGGUUUAAGUCUUUUUCAUCCUGCUAUUCCAUGUCAGGGUUGUGGAAAUUGGUAGCCUAAAAUAAAACUGUGAACUCAUAGGACUUGGCAUUCAAAAAAAGAUCUGAAGGCCUUGAUCAUGUUUACGCCAUGAACUAGAAAAGUAUUAAAAAUGUCAUUUCAAAGAAAAAAAGGGAAAUCUUACCAUGUUUGUACACAAGCAGGAAAUGUGUUAAACACAUUAAAACAAAACUAAUUAUUAAAUACCAAUCUCUGAAGGAAUAAUGUUUUAUUUUUGUUUGUUUUAAGCAGAAUAUCCAACUAUACAUCCUCAGCAAUUCCAAUCUACAUUUUUUUGGUAUUUAAAAACUAGUGUGUUGGGGUUGAAUGAAUAAAAUUUUAUUUUCAGUUUAGUCUCCCUUGAUAUAAAUACCUUUUUAGAGGUUUUUCUUUUCUUUUUUUGUCAAACAUGAUAUUUUCAUCUGAGGAAAAUAUAAACCUGCAAGAGACAAACUUGUAUUUAUGCUAUUGCUGCCUGUUUUACACAGUUUGUUCUGCAGUGAGCCCAAGACGGAAGACUGGUGUACUCUUACAGAGUGAUAUUGUCUUUCUGAUGGCUUACUGUAAGUGAAUCACCUGAAAUAAUUUUUGUCUAGUUUUAUUUUCUGUCUUUUUCUAUAUUAAACAAUUUUAUUUUAAUACUGCAUUUUGAUGCUGAAGAGUCAUAACAAAAAAGCUAUUUUGAAUCUGUUCAUGAUGGCUAUUAUGUAACUUGUCAAUGUGACUCUUGGAUGAAAUUAAAGGAAAAGUGAUGCAAA